ACUGGUUGUUGAGUUGUGCUAGGCAGAAACAAAGUCCUAAAUGUUCGAUUUCACUCACAGUUCAGUACUUAGUCGCGCUCACGAUGCUUUGAUACCACUUAAUUACCACCGCAGUGACAGUGAACAUAACUUGUGAAGACGGUGCUCAUUUUUUAAAGAGAAAUGCUCACUCACGUUGAAGUGAAAUCGGAACUGGACCUAGGGGAACCCUCUAAGGAGUUGUUGUGCUGGGCUGAAGAAAACAUUCGAGAGGAUCCAAAUACGAGAUGUCAAAUUUUAGAUGAUUUUAGAGAGAUGAUUUAUUCUAGAGGUGAAUGUACUCCUGUCAGGGUUGAUGAUUCAUUUUUGUUGCGCUUUCUAAGAAGCCGAAAAUUCGUAUUGGAAUCGGCAUACAAACUUUUUCUCAACUACCACGACUUAAGAGAUGAAAAUCCCACGUACAUCAACAGCGUUGGUUUUGAGCUUUUGGAAAAGAUUGGUGACAACGAUUUGAUAAUCGUUCCACCGUAUAGAGACCAGACUGGGAAAAGGAUUUUGUUAUAUAAGCUCGGUAACUGGAUUCCAGAAUCCGUGACCAUCGACGAGGUUUUGGCGGCCACUCAGUUAAUCCUAGAGCUAGCAAUAUUGGAAGAAAGAGCCCAAAUUUUAGGAGGGAUAUGUAUAAUAGACUGCGAAAAUAUAACUAUGCAACAUGCUUUGCAUAUGACUCCAACAGUUGCUCGGAAAGUUGUUCAAGUGGCUGUGACCUCACAUCCCAUGCGAUUAGAAGCAAUGCAUAUUGUGAAUAACUCGUGGGCGUUUGAAAUGUUUUUCAACUUUUUCAAACCCUUGCUACGUGGGAAAAUGAUGGAAAGACUCUAUUUCCAUGGAACUGAUAUGGAGAGUUUACAUAAGCAUGUGGAUCCUAAAAAUCUGCCACAGAAGUACGGGGGAUAUCAGCCCUUUUACGACUAUCGUGAUUGGAUAAGAGGUUUUCGGAAAGACAAAACUAUUAUAGAAGAAUUGAAGUCGUUAGGAUAUAAAGUGUAGUAAACCUUGUAGUAGGAGAAGAAAGUUCCAUUAAAUAAAAUAGAGCUGUUGUAGACACCUUGUAAUUAGCGCAAAGCAUUAGAUAGUGCUUUUUAUAGAUAGAAUUGUAUUUAGUACUUUGAAGCAAUGUACAAUUUAAUUUUUAAUUUUUCUAUUUUUUAAUAAAAAUGUAUUAUAAAAACAUAA